AUGCAUUUUAAAAAGAACUCUUCUAAUUAUAAUCAAGAUGGUAUCAUUUCACUCAACUCAUCGUAUGAUUAUAUCAUAAUAGGUGCAGGUUCAGCGGGGUGUGUUCUGGCCAAUAGACUUUCCGAAGAUCAAAAUGUUUCAGUCCUCAUUUUAGAAGCUGGGGGCUCAGAACAGGAAAAUCCAAACAUCAGUAUUCCGGUUGCUUCACCUACACUACCUCUGUCUAAACAAGACUGGCAGUUCAAAUCCGUACCACAAAAGAAAGCAUGUUUAGCCCUGCGUGAUCAAGCACGUAACAAUAAUAGGUCUGCUUGGCCACGAGGACGGGUUCUUGGAGGUUCUAGUAGUCUAAAUUACCUGCAGUAUGUACGCGGCAGUCGUCAUGACUAUGACGGUUGGUCUACCGAGGGAUGUGUUGGUUGGAGUUACAAAGAUGUUCUUCCAUAUUUCAUAAAAUCAGAAAAUAUAAAAAUACCUGAACUCCAAAAUUCAGACUAUCAUGGUAGAGAAGGAUAUCUGUCUGUCAGUGAUGGAACUGCUACACCUCUCAACAAAGAGGUUUACGCACGGGCAAUGGAAGAGCUCGGCUACCCUACCAUAGACUGCAACGGAAGAUCACAAAUAGGUUAUUGUCCGUCACAGGAAACAGCUCAGAACGGUGAGCGAAGUAGUACCGCCAAGGCAUACCUUAGACCUGUUAUGGGACGUAACAACCUACAUGUCUCUCUAAAUUCAUAUGUCACCAAGAUCAUUAUAAAAGACAAGAGAGCCACAGGUGUAUCGUUUGUUCGCAACAACAUAAAGCAUGAGAUAAUGGCUAACAAAGAAGUUAUCGUUUCCGCCGGAGCUGUUAACUCCCCAAGAAUACUAAUGCUUUCAGGAAUUGGACCAAAAGAACACCUCAAAUCAUUGGGGAUUCCAGUUGUUGUUGAUCUUCCGGUAGGAAAGAAUUUGCAGGAUCAUGUGAUGACGUUAUUAGAAUUUCAUGAUAAUACGUCUCGUGUUGCCACCCAGGCCAAACUUGCAUCGCCUAUGAAUAUCCUGAAAUAUUUGUUAUUCGGAACGGGUUCAUUGAGUAAAACGCAUGCUGAAGGAACCGCUUUUCUUGGGAGCAACAGAAGCAUUCCUCCAGAAAUCCAACUUCAUUUUCUCACCUUUUCGUUUCAUCCUGAAGAUGCAGAUGUAUUUUUAAAUUCUUAUAAUAUUGAUAAAAAGAUGAAAGAGGGCAAGAAAAAGGAGUAUCAGCAAAAUAUAGACAGAAACAUUGAGACCUUUACUAUAUUUUCGAUUCUACUCCACCCAAAGAGUAGAGGUACGAUAAGUCUUAAAAGUGCUGACCCCUUUGAUCCACCGAUCAUUAACCCAAACUACCUUGACCAUCCAGAUGACAUAGAAACAUUAAUGAACGGGAUACGAGAGGUAUUGAAGUUGGGCGACACGGUAACUUUUAAAAAGAUUGGUGCCUCUUCCCAGGAUCCGCUGGAGUUGUAUGCCCCGCAAUGCGAAAGUCACAAACCUAACUCCGACGAUUAUUGGAUUUGUAGAAUCAGACAAUACACUUAUACAAUGUAUCAUCCAACAUCUACGUGUAGAAUGGGGUCUAAAGAUGACUCAACGGCUGUAGUAGAUCCAGAACUCAGAUUGAGAGGAACUAAGAACGUACGUGUCGUUGAUGCAUCUGUCAUGCGAAACAUAAUUUCUGGAAAUACAAACGCUGCUACAAUCAUGAUAGCAGAAAAGGCAGCUGACAUGAUAAGAAACACCGAUAGUGUGAAAUCCAUGAGAGAAAAAACUGAUAAGUUGUGAUGGGUUUAAAGACGAAUUAACAAAUGUUUCAAAUCAUUUUUGUUAAGUUCUUUGGCUUCAAAAGAUGCGCACCAUUUUUUCUUGUUAAUGAAAUUUGCUUCUAAUUAUUUCAACGUUUGAUAAAACUACUCUCGUAUUAGAAACAAACGUUUAUAGAAUUGUAUAGUCUACUAAAUGCAUUAAGUACAAGCGAAAAUGUUAACAUUAUGGUUCAUAGCUCCAUUCUUAAUUGUCGUUCAGAAAUUAGUGACCCCUUGAAUAAUAGGUUUUCAAAUUGUUUCUCCCCUGUCAAAAUUUUGUUGUGGGAUGUCAAAUUCAUUUACUAGCAAGAUGCGUCUGUAUUGAAAAACUUUUGAAGUGAAAAAAAAAAUACGGACUUCUAAGCGUUGGAAAUUGUGUACAAAGCCAUGUUUAUUCUUUCCUUCAAAUGAUAUUUCAAAUUUGUAAAUUGCUUUUAAAAUUGGGAAUCCUCUUUUCUGACAUGUG